AUGAGUAUUCCAUUGCGGACAUUGUACCGAUGGGAACAAAAUCGUAUAUCUUCCAAAAAUUGCUUGGAAAAUAUUAAAAAUAACCAUUCCAAUACAAAUACUGAAGAAAAUGAGGCUAUUCAAUAUGAAAGACUACAUGAAGAUAGUCCAAUAACUGUGGAUGAAUGUGUCUUCAAUUUAUUAAAUUUUUACUGUAAACAUAAUAUAACUAAAGCUGCAUUGAAGGAAUCAUUAGAACUGCAACUGAAGCUUUUACCUGAAAAUAAUAGAAUGCCGAAAACAUUAUUCAAACUAUUCCAGUAUGCACAAUCUAUUGCUCCUCGUUGUGAAGUAAUCAAGCAUUACUACUGUAAAAAAUGUCUAUAUACUGUCGAUUUUGAGUUUAGCGAUAAAGAACGUUAUUUAUUUCAUUCUAAAGGUUUCGACCUAACAAGUAUAGCAAUUUACUCACGAGCAAAAAUAAAUACGAUUGUAUAUACAUCGGAAAUUUAUAAAAUAAUCAAAACAAAUAAUUACACGGUAUUAAUUAAAGCAGAUGACUCAAUAAUUUAUGGGACUGUUAGAUUUUUCGCUGAGAUUGAAGAAGACUUAUGGAUUGUUAUUCAUCGUCUUACUGUUGAUCACACUAAAAUUUUUUACCAUGAACAAACAAGAUCAAAAAUUGAACAUAUUGUUCCAAAUAUCAAUUUGAUCACACAGCUUAAAAGAUUGAGAAAAUAUUAUAAGAGAGUGCGAGAGAGAAAAGACAGCCGCGCGCAGCCUACCCGGAACAAAGAAAGAGGGAAAAGAGACGGCGAAGAACGCCGAGAGACAAGCGAGAGUAGUAGGGGAAGCAUCCUGGGAAGUCCCGUAGCAUAG